AUGAUGGCACACGAAUUAUCAGUACCAAUACAUAUAAAUGAAAACAGCGCUCUGUUUCAGAAUACUUUAAGAAACCCAAAUGUUAAGAAGGAACAAUUAGAUAAUAAUGAGAUCAGACUACUUCCAAGUGGGGCUCCUGUCGAUUUUGGUAACAGCAAUAGCAAUAGCAAUAGCAAGAAUAAGAACAGCAAUGCAAAGAAAGCUUCUAUAAAGUUAUCGUUAUUGCCAUCAUUGCCUAAUGGUGAAAAGCCAAACUUUCAAGGUUCAAGAGACCAAUCAUCGAAGAAUAAAACAUCGAGGUUAAGCAAACAAAGAGAUACACCCAAGUCGGAGAUCUCUUUACCUAGUGGCGAGAAACCAAAUUUCUAUAAUGAGUCAAAUUUGAAAUCGAAAAAGGGAAAUAAUAAUAACAAUAAUAAGUCAAAGGAAAACAACAAAUCAUUAAAGGAGAACACUAUCAAAGCGGUAAAGGGGGAGAAAAAUGUUGGUGCAGCGGGUCCAAUCACCUAUGCGGGAUCUUCUUUCCAUUCUUCACCAGCAGCUUUAAAUUUGCCAAAACCGAAAUUCAAAGCAACAUCGCCAAAGCAAAUGGAUUCAAGGGACAAAGGGGAUGAGCUAUCUAAAAGUUUUAGUGAUUUAGUUUCGUUAGCUUCAAGUUCUGAUACUUUGCAUUCAUCAGGUGAAGUUGUCGCAAUUAGAGAGAAGAAUGCAACAUCUGCAACAUCUGCACCCGCACCUGCACCCGCACCUGCACCCGCACCAUCAUUCUCCUCCACCUCUACCACCAACUCCUCCUUUUCACUACAACAACCAGCGCCACUAGUCAAUCCAGUCACUGCGUACCCUCCGGGUAGUCUUCAACCACAAAUACAGCCAAAUCCCCAGCAAUUUCCUCAUGCGUAUUCUUCAGCUUCAGGCUUUGUCCAACCGGGAUUUGCUUAUCAAGUUAACCCUAAUGGUUUUAUUUCUUAUCCUGCUCAUCAACAACCAAACCCGAUUUUCCCUGGCGCGUAUCCGCUUCAGCAGCCACCAAUAUUUUCGCAUUAUGUUACUGCUCCUCCCAUGAUGCCGCACCAGCAACAAUUACAACCACAACAAGAAGGACAGAAGAUUAGCUUUAAUGAGUUGCUAAGCUCAUCAAAGUAG